AUGCUGAAGCGUGUUGAUCCUACGAAUUUUGUCUUGGUGGCAUACUUGAAAAACAUUGAUCCUAAUGUUGAAACUGGGAAAUUAUUGCCAAGGGAAGAGAAGAAGUCUAAGCGUUCAAAGAAGACUGAACAGGGUUCUUCUGAAAAACCUAUCAAAGAAUCAAAGUCAAAGAAAUCUCCAAAGAAGAAGCCCAUUGAAGUGAAAGAGCCAGUGGUAAACGAAGUAUCAAUUGUUGUGACAAAACCAAAUGAGCCUGUUGAUGAUACUCAAGAGAAAGUUGUUAUUCCUUCGAAGACUAGUAUUUUUCGAAGAAUCAAAAAGCAAUCUAGGCAUACACUAAGGUCUCCUACUCUAAAUGUGGUACGGAAGCCUCAUAUUACUCAUCAGGGAGUAAUAAUUUGUGAACUACCAGCUUCCGUUUCUCCAUUGUCUAAGAAACAAAGGACUGAAGAUAUGACCAAACAUAUUACUCAGAGGAAGAACAAGAAGACACGAAAGCUUGUUAUCUCAAAAAAAUCAACAGAAGACAAAGAAGAAGUGCCCGAAACUCCUGAAGCAAAUCUUAAUCAGGAAAUUUCGUCUCCUGAGAAGACAAUUGCCAUACCACCCGAAGUCUUAGUUGCCAAAUCAGUUCCUGAGGAGGUACGAACUUCAGACAUCACUGUAAACGUAUCUAAUACAGAUGCAAAUGAUACUAUGGGUGAAGGAGAUUUGAAGACAGAAGCUCAAGGAAAUCCUAAUACUAUUGUGUCUUUAUCACUAUAUAAUCUUCCCAAUCCCUCGUCUACACAUUCACCCACAUUUUAUAACAUUCUUAAUCAACCUUUUACCACUCUUUUUUCAUCUCAAUCCACUGGUCCACCAAAAAUUGAUUCACCCAAACCAAAUUCACCCAUUAUUGAAUCUGAUCAUUAG